AGCUGGAAUAUUUGAACUAGUGCAAGUCGUUGGGAAUGGGACAUAUGGACAAGUCUAUAAGGGUCGCCACGUGAAAACAGGGCAGCUGGCGGCAAUCAAGGUUAUGAAUGUGACCGAGGAUGAGGAGGAAGAAAUCAAGUUGGAAAUUAAUAUGCUGAAGAAGUAUUCUCACCAUCGGAACAUUGCGACCUAUUACGGUGCUUUUGUCAAGAAAAGUCCAGCAGGUCAGGAUGACCAAUUAUGGUUGGUCAUGGAGUAUUGUGGGGCUGGGUCUGUCACAGAUUUGGUGAAGAAGACGAAAGGGAAUUGCUUCAAGGAAGACUGGAUUGCCUACAUCUGCAGAGAGGUCCUUCGAGGUCUGUCUCACUUACAUGCCCACCAUGUUAUCCAUCGAGAUAUUAAGGGGCAGAACGUGCUGUUGACGGAAAACGCCGAAGUGAAAUUGGGGUUGUCAUCAUCAGAACAUUUUUCUCGACUUGCUUUCCUUCUCCAGAGUGAAAACCUCCGAAUGAGUCGGGAUGUGUCUCAUGGCAGUUUGCUAUCUGAUGUCGCUGUCACACCCCUGAGUCCCAGUCAGGAUGAGGUGUUUUGGAGUCUGUCUCAGACUGAAGAACAACCCCCAAAGGUUCCUCAAAGGACAACCUCUACGUUUUACACCAGAGAUCAGUGUGGGCAACAGAGUUUCCCUUCGAGCUCACAUCAGCCACUCCUGGGGGAUCCGAAAGCGAAAUCCAAUAACAGCUACAAAGAUUUCAAUGGCAACAAGCCAAAGGACUUCAAGUCCCAGCAGAACAGCCAAUUGAUCUCAGAGUCCUCCAGAAUAGACAACAGACAUCUCCAGUCCUGUAAGAAACCUGAAAAUACAUCUCGUUCGGGCCAAGUUUCAAGCCCAGCUUUGUGGAACAAGGAGAAAGUUGGCAGCUAUCUGCUCCGGAAGUCUCUAGAAUAUUCCUCCUCCAGCGACGAAAUCUGCAGCAGCGACGAGGAUGAGGAGGGUGAUGGACACAUAAGGCAACUGCUCGGCAACGGAGUGACCGGCUUCUCAAGGGCAGGAGUUGCUGACGGGAUCGAGCUGAAGUCUCCCUGCCUUGUAGCGGAUCGCCAGGAUAAUGCUGCGGGAAAAUAUGGCUGUGACGCUCGUGAAGAACUCUGGAACAUGAACAACCAAAAUUACCUGCUGCCCGACCUCCUCCAACAGAGUCAGAUUCCAGCAAACCAAAUGAAAACUUCUGCUCAAGAACUUCCAAACAAUCCUCCUGCUAACCAGCAGGCACUGAAUGCUGACAGUACCCCUUCCAAAAACAGUUCUUCUUCUACAUCAUCUUUUACACCCUUCAUUGAUCCUAGACUUCUCCAAAUCUCGCCUCACUCCAGUCCAACUGGACCAAACUGUGGUUCCCCGUCUAAUGUGAAAAUGGAUCCUCCUAGCCGGCAAAAUACAAGAAAAGGUUCUGUGGUCAAUGUGAACCCUACAAAUAUCCGGCCGCAGAGUGACAGCCCCGAAAUCCGCAAAUAUAAAAAGAAGUUCAAUUCCGAAAUCUUGUGUGCUGCGCUGUGGGGGGUCAAUUUACUGGUUGGAUCUGAAAACGGAUUGUGGCUUCUGGAUCGGAGUGGACAAGGUCGAGUUUAUUCCUUGAUCAGUCGGAGACGCUUUCAACAGAUGGAUGUGUUGGAAGGAUUGAACGUGCUAAUUACCAUCUCAGGCAAAAAGAAUAAGCUACGGGUAUAUUAUCUGUCUUGGCUACGAAACAAGAUUCUGCGGAAUGAUCCCGAUGUGGAGAAACGACAAGGCUGGGUCUCGGUGGGCGAUCUAGAAGGCUGUGUACACUACAAAGUUGUGAAAUACGAGAGGAUCAAGUUCCUGGUGAUUGCCGUGAAGAAUUCGGUGGAAGUCUACGCUUGGGCUCCCAAGCCAUAUCACAAAUUUAUGGCUUUUAAGUCUUUCACCUCGCUUCCCCAAAAACCACUCUUGGUUAAUUUGACUGUGGAGAACGGGCAGCGGCUGAAAGUUACUUAUGGGUCAGCCGUAGGAUUUCAUGCCAUUGACGUGGACUCUGGCUCGGUGUAUGACCUAUAUUUGCCGACACAUAUCCAGGGAAAUAUUCAUCCGCACGCUAUUAUCAUUCUCCGGAACACCAGCGGGAUGGAACUUCUACUGGCUUAUGAAGAUGAAGGAGUCUACCUUAACAUCUAUGGGCACUUCUCCAAAGAAAACAUUUUGCAGUGGGGGGAAAUGCCCACAUCAGUAGCUUAUCUUCAGUCCAACCAAGUGAUGGGCUGGGGUGAGAAAGCAAUUGAACUGCGUGCUGUGGAAACGGGAUGUCUGGAAGGCGUGUUUAUGCACAAGAAAGCUCAGAAGCUGAAAUUUCUCUGCGAAAGGAAUGAUAAGGUAUUCUUUGCGUCGGUUCAGUCUGGGGGCAGCAGCCAAAUUUACUUUAUGACACUGGGCCAAAACAUCCUGUUCAACUGGUGAAUCGCUUUGGAAUGAAGUUCCUAUUUGACCUUUCCCAGUUUCUACGAGCCAUCCAAAGCUGAAGUUGUCCAUUUCAGAAGUUGUCCCUUUGUUCCUGCAACGAAAAGGAAAAGAAAA